AUGAAGAAAGAAGAAGAAGAAGAAGAAGAAGAAGAAGAAGAAGAAGAAGAAGAAGAAGAAGAAGAAGAAGAAGAUAGGCGUGGUGAAGAGGGUUGCAAUGGUGUUCUAAAGGGCAUGAUAAUAACAACAUCUCAAAAGACUGUAACUGAGAACCAAAAGGCUAAACACAGUUUCUCACCCACGGCCCAUGAAACUCUCAGCAGCGGCCAGGGGGCGGCUUGUGUUGCUGGCACCUACAGCGGUGCCAGAUGCACGAUCAUGAAUAAUUGUGCAAUGCCAAUCAAAAUGCAAUAUGAUAAAAGGAAGGAUGUAAAGCAGGCCAUCUUACUAACACAUGCACGCAGCAUGUCUCCACAACGACGCUACAUCAGUGUCCUUGUGUCAUCAAUAAGUAUGUACAACGCUGUUACCUCUACCCAAGCAUUGAAAGAUAGAACGGAAUUUUCAAUUGGAGAUAGCAAGCCUCAGAGCUGA